UCUCAAAAGCUAAAAAACAGUGUACAAAAACAAAUUGUGAAAAUAUUUGCGUUAUUAUUACUUAUUAAAGGAAAUACUCCUAAAUUGUAUCACAAUUUUGGCCAUUUAUUUCCAAAACUUAUCACAACUGUAAAUUAAGUCACUUUUCUAUCACUUGUCGUAAAUAAAACCUCCAACAUUGAAUAUUUGAUAUUUUUCGAUUAUUACCCAAGAAACCAUGAAGUGUUUUUUACUAUCUCUCAUUGCGAUUUUGCUCCAUUUGGGAGUUACUCUCAGAUGUUACCGUUGCAUGAAUGGUUACGCAACGUCAACAGUUUGUAGUAACCAACUUCCGUCCGGUAACGUGAUCGAAUGUCCAGGGCCGAACUCACAAUGUUACGAAUCAAUUCAGUGGUUCAAUAAUGGGUCAUUGCAACUGGCAAUAAGAGACUGUUGGAUACCCCCUAAUAACAACACCAGAGGGGGUUUUUGUGUGAAUUAUAAUAACACAGAGGGGGUUUUGAGAUAUUGCAGGAAUUGUACUCGCGAUGUUUGCAACACUGAUGCUCUUUAUUAUCCAGCGAGAUCAUUGAAUUGUUAUGGAUAGUGUGAAAUUGAAAUUAGCAAUCUCACACCAGUCAUCCUGUAUUAAAAUAUAAAUAAAUAAAUUUAAAAAAAAGUUCUAA